AUGCUCGCCCCAGAAUUCAUUCCUUUCGCAGUGCCUCGGCUUGGGAUAGCGUACGAUUUCUCCGGAUUUUCGGAUUACCCAGCUCGCCAUGGUUGGGUUGUGCACCGCGAUGAUCACUAUUGCCAUAGAGGCUACUGUCCGCCUGGACGCUGUAUAAAGGAUAGCGACCAGUCCGUCCCUUACGGUCUACAAUCGCCUGGGAUUUCCAAAGCGACGGCUCAUACUGCUUGCGGCCUUCCGAUUGACCCCCAGGACUACCUUACCGAUACUUUUGAUACAGCCCGACUAAACGGCCUUCCCCUGCGGCUAUAUCACGCCUCGCAGAGGUCGGGCUGUGGGGGCAGCAAAGCCCUGCGAAAGAAGCUACACGCUGUCAUUAGGCUGGGCCAAUUGAUGAUAACCCGGGGCUCUGACUGGGAAGACGAAUACGACUACACCUUAGAGCAGUGCGAGGUACUUUACUCCAUUACAAUCCUCUUGCGUGUCCUUUCCCUUGCCCUGCUGUGCCAGUUCCACGAGCCGUUUCAAGAUGACUUUGAUAUCUCUAUCGCGGAUCCCGUAAGGGACUGGAAACCCGAAGGUCAGAUCAGCAUGAUGAAUUACGCAGCGAAGCACCUGUUGGGGAAUGGAUGGUGUCAGAGUGAGGUGCACAAUAUCCUACAAAAUUUUGAUGUCGUCGCCGUUGCUUAUUAUGUAGCCCGCCCAUAUGCACCUAAGCGUCAUGACAAGUGUAGUUAUUCGACCUGCAUGGCAUACCAGGUUGAUGAACAGUCCUAUAGGACACUCCACGUGGAAGACGAGUGCGAUUGUGAAUUUAUCGAUAUCCAGCCGGAUUUAUUGAAAGAUGUUCUUGCGAGGAAUAUGGUCCCAGUCAUAAGCAUCUCGGGUGACCUGCAGCUUUCAGUUAGCGAUGGGAGAGGUAUUAACUAUAUUGCUUUUAGCCAUGUCUGGGCUGACGGCCUGGGCAAUCCUUUCCACAAUGCACUCCCGCGCUGUCAAAUUCGCCGUCUAUAUAACUUGGCAAUUGCCCUUCGCGGUGCCUUCAAUCUCGAUGAGAGUAACUUUAAGCUGAGACAGUAUCGGAAACAGGCAAUCAGACUACUAGCACGGGCAUACACCGAAGCGAUGGCUGUGCUUGUGCUUGAUAGAGAACUCUGUCAUUUCGAGUCUAGAAAGGCACCUGCCCUCGAGCUUGGCAUCCGAGUAUUAUGCAGCGGGUGGCUUAAGCGGCUAUGGACGCUCCAAGAAGCCUCGCUCGCAGAUGGUCCUCAAGGAGCUAGUGUGCUGUAUUUCCAGAUGGCAGACGGUCCUGCAUAUUGGAAUCGGCUGGCUCGGUGCGUUCAGUAUAAGCCCUACCUUGAAGUGCCUCCAUCUCCGAAGCCAUCUGCCACAGCAGUCUCGAUUAAGGACACGAAGGCUGACCUUUUGUAUGAGAUGCAUCUCAUGACGGCUAUGGAAGACCGUAUCCCGUCGGUGGGUGCAAUCAGGAAUCCCCGCUUCGACACGAAAUUCCAGAAAGCCGUGCACGCUGUGCAGAAUCGGUGUACGAGUAAAGCUGAAGACGAGCCCAUCUGUUUAGCAUCACUUUUAGGACUUGACCUUGAGUCAACCUUGAACGCGAAAGAUGUGGACAAUCGCAUGGCGGAGUUCUAUAAAUUGUUGCACGAGGUUCCGACCGCAAUUCUCUUUUCAGAAUUUGGGACCCCAGACUUCUUAGCCAAGAACCUCGCAAUUCCGCCUUACCGGUGGGCUCCCAGGUCACUGCUGUUGUUGGAGCAGCCUAUGGAGAUCACGAACGCCCUUUCAGCAAUGCGAUUCAUGGAUCCGCCUCUACCGCUACAUGGACUAUGUGAGGAUGACGGGCUUCACAUUCAACACCCUGGAUUCUUGUUCGAUGACUCGGAGCCCGUUUGUAUUCUUCGCCAGUCCACGGUCCUCGAUACAACAGACGAGAAAUCGUAUUCGCUAUCACUCGCGUUAUCAGAUAGCUCUCCACAGUCGGUCGGCCCUCUGCGACGUUGCGCGUUGAUUUUCAAAACCGAUAUAUGCUCUGAUGUUGUGAUUGUAAGCAUAGAAUCAGUCAUUAAACAUGAGGUAUGCUUCUACGUGACAAUUGUUGGCCACGCACAGGUUAAAUUAUUGCCCGCCGGCGGGUUUUCAAGCGAUUAUCAUGGGGCAGGAUACCUACACGGAGCAUCCACAGGAAGGGAACAAAUGUGGUGUAUCACUUAA